AUGACGGAGCUGCUCAGCGCGCGGCGCGUGGAGGCGUUCCGGCGCAUCCGCGAGGACGAGGCGGCUCGCCUGGUCUCGUCGCUGUCGUUGUCGUCCCUGCCUCCGGGUGGACAGCCGCCCGUCGACAUUGACGAGCGGCUGGAGGUGUUCAUCGCCGACUCUUCCGUGCGCGCCAUCUUGGGCGACCGGCUGCCCAACCGCGCCGCGUUCCUGAGGAUGAUCAAGGCAGGCCAGGACCCGUCGUCGCUGUUCGACCUCCGCGACCUGUUCCCGUCGUCGCGGCUCGUGCGGAUGCUGCCGCGGAGCCGAAAGGCGGAGCGGCACCGCCAGGAGAUGUUCCGGCUCAUGGACGACAUCCUUGUGAGCCGCAGCCAAACAAGGGCUGCUGCUGAUGGCCAAGAUGGGGGCGGAGGCGGCGUCGAGCAGGAGCAGGACAUGGUCGACGUUCUGCUCAGGAUCCAGAAGGAGGGCGACAUGCGUGUUUCUCUCAACCAUGGAGUCAUCAGGGCGGCGCUGAUAGAUGUGGUUGGUGCAGCACUUGACACAUCAACGACUACCCUCCGGUGGGCUAUGGCCGAACUAAUCGCAAACCCAAGGGUGAUGCACAAGGCGCAGCUUGAGAUUCGACGCGUCAUGGCAGGGCAACAACGAGUACAUGAGGCGACUCUAAGGGACCUGCACUACCUGAAAGCAGUGAUCAAAGAGACCUUACGACUGCACCCUCCUGCCCCGUUCGUCCCAAGGGUAUGCUUGGAUGAUCGCAUCAAGAUCCAAGGAUACCAUGUGCCGCAGGGGACAAUAGUCGUCGCAAACGUUUGGGCUAUUUCCAGGGACCCAAAGUACUGGGAGGACCCAGACAUGUUUAUACCAGAGAGAUUUCUCCAGGGUGACCCUGACCACCGCUGUUUGGACUACAAGGGGUUCGAUUUUGAGUUCACUCCUUUCGGGGCUGGGCGGAGGAUGUGCCCUGGGACAAGUUUCGCUCAUAUGAAUGUUGAGAUUGCUCUGGCUAGCCUUCUGUACCAUUUUGACUGGAAGCUGCCAGAUGGAGCUAAACCGGAGGAGAUUGACAUGACAGAGCUCUGGGGUGUUACUGUCACAAGGAAGGCUAAGCUAUUUCUGCAUCCCAUUCCUUGUAUUCCUCCAGCUGUUGCAUCGAUUGAUGCAUAA